AUGAACAACACUCAGCACAACAAUGAUUAUUCUCGGUUCACACCACGUUCGGCAGUGUACCCACAAGUGAUCGAGAGGAAGGGUGGAGUCGGGAGUUCUACAGACGGAUUUAUUGUUCUCCUUGGCUUCAUAUACUGUUGUUACGAAAUUGUUCGUAGGAUUUAUGAGAAACUCAUUUGUUUCACCGUUUGCUUCAACAGUUUUGACGCAUUCGAAACGGAUGUCGAUGGCCUCCAUCCAGAAGACGGUGAACGAGGUCUGCGUCCAGCACCAGCCGCUCAGGUAGCGCUGGGUCAGAUCCUAUUGAGGAGACACUCACUAGGCAUGCUGUUGCGGUUAGUGACGACGAGCGUUUGGCUGCUGACGGUGGCCGUGACGACGGCGAGCUCAGCAGCAACUGAUGUCAACUUCGAGAACGCACUCACAGAAAACCAUCAGAGAAUGCGUCACCGGUCUCUGCAGUCAGUAUCCCGAGUGAAUCCACGCGGUAUGGCGUUUUCCAUGACGAUCGUGGUCCAGCUACAUCCACUGUUCAUCACCAAAGUCGAUCGAGCGUUCCAUGUGCGCUGUUUCUACAUGGAAGCCGAGAAAGCUGUCGGAGCUCAGAUUGGAGUC